ACCGUCCCAUCUCCUGCUCUCCAACAUCCCACUGGCAAGGCUGGCCUCUUGCCGCUCUCUCCCGGAGCACCAGCUCGUCCGCUCGCCUGCGCCUGUGGGAACCUCCUUUACGCCUCGCUACGUGCAAACUUGUUGAGGCUUCCCAGCCGGCUGUGGGAUGGCGAGAGAGAAGUUUGGGCUGUAUCUGCUGUGCGUGUGGUGGAGCGCGUCCGUGGGCGCCGCCGUCCAGAGAGCCGAUAUGUUUCCUUACGGGCCCCUGGCUGGAGAUCUGUCGCUGGCCGAGGGCGACGAUGAAACCUCCAGAGUCCUGUCGCUGGCCAAACCCCUCUACUUUUACGGUUCCCAGUUCACCGAGCUAUACGUGGCCACCAAUGGAAUAAUCUCAGCCCAGGACCUCCCCAUGGAGAAGCAGUACGUUGAUGAUGGCCUCCCGACAGACUUCCCCGUGAUCGCCCCCUUCCUGGCAGACAUCGACACCAGCGGAGGCAGAGGACAGAUUUAUUAUAGACUGACCGAGACCCCCAGUGUCCUGAACAGACUGGCACAGGAAGUGCACCGAGGCUUCCCGGACGCCAGGUUCACUCCCACUCAUGCCGUGGUGGCCACAUGGGAGAACGUUGGAGCAUAUGAGGAACAGUCUCGAACCGCCGGGCCUGCUGACAAGGGCAACACCUUCCAGGCGGUGGUAGGCUAUGACGAGACAGACUCCUACGCUCUGUUCCUUUAUCCGGAAGACGGCCUGCAUUUCUUCGGGACACGGCCGAAGGAGUCCUAUUACGUGGAGAUAGAGCUGCCUGCCAGAGUGGGUUUCAGCAGGGGGGAGAUCCCCUACCUGAUAUUUUCACGAACUGAAGGACCCCACUACAGCGUCACCAGCAACCUGCAGAGUGUUAAAAACCUGUACCAGGCUGGGAACACAGGGUAUCCCGGUGUCUGGUUGUUCCACAUUGGAAACCGUUAUUCGUUUGACAAUAUUGUUCCCGCAUCUUUUGGUGGUCUUCUCAUCACCCCACCCCCUAGAAGGCGUGACAUCUCCCAGGACACCACUACCCCAGAAUACGCUGAGUUUGAGGAGUACUCCGAUAAUAACUUUGACCCUGUGAACCAAGAGGGAGAGGAUGAUUACCCUCUGACAGGCGGGGACCCUGAAUUCCAGCCUAACCCCGGUGGACAUGCGAUCCAAGAAUCUGUUCAACCCGAAAAUCAGAACCACCCUUCCUCAUCUUCACUGUAUUCAGAUCCAGUUACAGAUGGCAGCGACGGUGUACCCCUGACCUCUGAACCCAAAUAUGGUUUAGACCCAGUGGGGCAGCACCAUGCUCCUAUUCCAGCAGAAACUGUUAGUUUGCCAGAAGGAGGAUCUAAACAGCUGCAGGUACAGCUCCCACAGGCUCCUUUGGAAGUAGUGGAUGUGUACCCCCCUCAGAAAAACGGCUCGCCUGUGUCCCCUGGAGGGAACAUAGUCAGUGUGGAGGAAGAUGAUGUCGAUUUUGACACAGGAGUGAUUCACUACAGUACAGAGAACAAGGAGACUUGUGCCAGGUUCCAGCAGCAGUGCUCCCAGCAUGCAGUGUGCACUGACUAUGCCGCAGGAUUCUGCUGUCGUUGCAGACCUGGUUUCUAUGGAAACGGUCGACAGUGUCUGCCUGAGGGUGCUCCACAGCGGGUGAGCGGGAAGGUGAGCGGCACGGUGACCGUGGGCUCGACUCCGGUGGCGCUGAACAACAUUGAUCUCCAUGCCUACAUUGUGGUGGGAGAUGGGAGGGCAUACACCGCCAUCAGUGAGGUCCCAGAGCCAGUGGGCUGGGCUCUGAUGCCUGUUGCACCAAUAGGAGAGCUGUUUGGAUGGCUGUUUGCCCUUGAGCUCCCUAACAGCCAAGCAGGAUUUAAGAUCACCGGUGCAGAGUUUACCCGUCACGCAGACGUGAUCUUUCAUCCUGGCAACCAGCGCUUGUCAAUCAUACAGACAGCUCGUGGCCUUGAUGACCACAACCACCUCACUGUGGACACCGUUGUCAAUGGCAAUGUGCCUUUCCUGCCUCCUGGAGCCACGGUUACGAUGGAACCCUUUAAGGAGACCUAUGAGUAUUACCCCUCAGUUGCUACCUCUAACUCUGUGCGGGAAUACUUGGUGGUCUCUGCAGAGCGCGGGUCAGAGUCCUUCUCCUUCCAGCUCAAACAGAACCUCACCUAUCGGGACUGUCGCCACGACAGCCACAUUGGCCCAGAGACUCUGCAGCUCACCAUGGAGAGGCUGUUUCUGAUGUACGUCAAAGAGGAGAGGAUACUAAGAUAUGCUAUCACCAACAAGAUAGGUCCAGCUGGAGGCCCAGAGCUGGUCAACCCAUGCUACGCUGGGAGCCAUGACUGUGACACCACAGCCCAGUGUGUGCCGCUGGAGGGCCAGGCUUAUCAGUGUCAGUGUGCUACCGGCUACAGAGGGGAUGGACGCAACUGCUAUGACAUAGAUGAGUGUGCCGAAGGACUGAUUUCCUGUGGUGUUCAUGCCGAGUGUAUCAACCUGCCAGGUGGUCAUCGAUGCCAGUGCCACAGCGGCUUUGAGUUGGGCUUUGAUGGACGCACCUGUGUUGACCAAGAUGAAUGCAGCUCCUCUCCAUGCCACAUCCACGCCAGAUGUAUCAAUGGGCUUGGCUCCUUCCAGUGUCAGUGCCAGCCUGGUUUCCAUGGCGAUGGUUUCUACUGUGUCUCUCGGGACGGACAGCCAGAUCGUCCAAAGACCCAGUGUGAGCAACAUAGAGACAGUCUGCAGAGUGGAGGGGAGCCCCAGUUGGGUGGAGCCCCCCUUGGGGCCUUCAUACCUCAGUGUGACUCCGAGGGACAGUAUAGACUACUGCAGUGUCAUGGUUCCACUGGCCAUUGUUGGUGCGUGGACAGUAGGGGGCAGGAGAGAGCAGGAACCAGGACACCACCGGGUAUGCCACCAACAGAUUGUAACAAGCCAGAUGAGCCAGUACGUCCUAAGAGCCACUGUGAGCAGCACAGAGACAGUGUCCAGACUACCAGUCCAGAGGGUUACCCUUUGGUUGGUGCCUUUGUGCCUCAGUGUGACACAGAUGGCAGAUACAGCCCAUUACAGUGUCAUGGCUCCUCUGGUCAUUGUUGGUGUGUAGACAGCAGUGGCCAGGAGAGGGCAGGAACCAGGACACCACCUGGUGCACCACCCAAAGACUGUGACAAACCAGUACCUGCGGCCCCGACCCAGCGUGCAGAGAGUGUGUGUGAGCGUUGGAGGGCCAGUCUGGUGGAGCACUACGGCGGAGAUCCUGCCCCCCACCACUACUUACCACAGUGUGAGCCAGAUGGCCAAUUCAGUCCAGUGCAGUGCUACGGGGAGACAAGUUAUUGUUGGUGUGUGGACCAGGAUGGCCGGGAAGUUCCUGGAACAAGAUCACAUGACGUGGUCAAACCUGCAUGUAUUCCCACAGUGGCUCCCCCCACCAUGCACCCGUUGCCACGCCCAGAUGUGACUCCUCCUCCCUCUGAAAUUAUGCUUCUUUACGCCCAAGGACAGCAGAUAGGAGUCCUGCCUCUCAAUGGGACCAGACUAGACCCCAUGCGCUCAAAAACACUUUUGGCUCUACAUGGGUCUAUAGUUGUUGGUGUGGCCUAUGACUGUAAAGAGAACACAGUGUAUUGGACAGAUUUGUCUGGGAGGACCAUCAAUAGAGCGUCGAUGCAAGCUGGAGCUGAGCCCGAGUUGCUGAUUAAUACAGAUCUGACCAGUCCGGAGGGUUUGGCAAUAGAUGUGAAUCGUAGGUUGAUCUUCUGGGUAGACUCUACCCCAGACAAGAUUGAACGCUCCAACCUGGAUGGCAGUGGAAGGCGGCUGCUCUUCGACACAGACUUGGUCAACCCCCGCGCCAUCAUAGUGGUAUCGUCCACCGGUACUGUGUACUGGACUGACUGGAACCGGGAGGCCCCUAAAAUAGAAAGUUCCACGGUGGACGGGGAGAACCGAAGCGUGGUGGUUGCUGACGGUAUAGGUUUACCCAAUGCUCUUACAUACGACUACUCAUCUAGACAAGUCUGCUGGGCUGAUGCAGGCACCAAGCGUUUGGAGUGCAUAUUUCCGGAUGGCUCAGGUCGACGAGUGAUCCACCAAAACCUGAACUACCCCUUUAGCAUGGUCUACUACAGGAACCACUUCUACUACACAGACUGGCGAAGGGACGGAGUGAUAGCGGUGAGCAAAGACAGCAGUCAGUUCACAGAUGAAUACCUGCCUGACCAGCGUUCACACCUGUAUGGCAUCGCCAUAGCAACCAGCCAGUGUAUAUCAGGGAGCCACUAACUUUGGGGCAGAAGCAGCAGGGUCCUAUGGUGCUAUUAUUCUGCGGUCGACAAGGGGGCAGAACUACCACUCUAAAUACCCCCCAUGUAACCUAAGAAACUAAAUGGCUUCCUGUUGCCAACGCCACCAUUGGAGCAAAUUUACAAACUCCAAAUGUUACCCCUUCACCAAUCACCCCAACCCCCAUCCCCCCAACCCCCGUCACCCCAACCCCUGUCACUCCAACCCAGGAUAUGAACUCAAUCCUCAUAUCUCCCCUGUAAACCUGAGAUUUCCAAAUACAUGUUUUGUAAAUGUGUUUUAUACCUCAUUUUAAGUUUUGUUUCUACUGUAUUUUGUAGGAGUUUUUUUUAUCAACUAAAGCUAAAGAAUAACGGAAUUAAAUCAGCAUUAAAAUGUUUAAACUGUGUUUGAGUUUUGUUUUUGUGUUCAGUAAAGACGAAGAACAAAUUGCCUAAAGAGUUUUUAAAUGUCAAUGUUUGAACCAGAGUACUGUUCUGUAACAAGUAUUUCAUCAGGCUACUUCAGCCGGUGGUUUUCAGAGUAAGAGCACAGAAGACCAGCCAGAGUGCAUCACGCGUCACUGGCUGCAGUCUAAAGCUCGGCAGCAGCUUCAGGAAAGUUCUUUUCUGAGGAUAUCAUUUGCAGAUGACUCAUUACUUUUAUAAACUGUAAUCAGUGACAAUUUGUUGGAUUACAUCGACUCACUGAUGUAAUCUGUAAUGUAUAUUCAGUUACUUUUGGAUUACUUUACCUCCUGUAUGAUGAGAAUGAGGUUAAAUGGAAACUGAUGACUGUUUUCAUUACCGUUAUCCGUUUUUUGUAAUGGUGUAUUUUGUUCUGCCGUGUUUCUCUGCAAAACCCGUCUGUAUUUCACAGCUGAUGGAAGGACUUUCAGUUCUCUUUGCCAGACAUUAGUUACUACUUCAUGAAUCCUUUUGUAUCUUUUUCUAAGAUGUGAUAUUUAUAACAAUAAAAUGUGA